CACGAUCGAUGGCUGUCUGCUGUCCCGUCUAGAACUUGGAAAUCUGGUGGCCUAGUGAACCCGUCCGCCGCCGGUAUUCGUGCUGAUCCCGCAAAGCAGAAGCCAUUGUUUGGAAGAAACACAAAGUGAUUCCUCUCUAGAAAGGGGAUCGGAGAUGGAGCUGACUUUAUCAGGGUUCCUUUGGUCCCCCCCCCUUGGAAGCCAGUCAUCAGCGCCCCAGGAAGCACCGAUUCCAUUGGGCAGGACCGCUCUUUAUAUUUCUGGGCGCGAGCACCGUGGAUCUGUUGGGGCCCAUCGUUGGGGGGGAUGGGGGUCCUAUUUACCCCGGCAUUCCCACCGCACCGCACACAGCACACAGCCCAGGAUGCGGAAUCUGUUGGCGGAGUCAAGAAAGCAUCUCGGUGGAAUUCUCGUAGUUCAGCUGCCCGCGCUCAAUAAUAAUAAUAAUAAUAAUACUCUGAAUUCCUCCUGAAAUUGCCCCCACAGCGAUUGCCUGCACCAAUGAACAUGUGAGCAUUUAUCAGAUAUUAUGGCAGAGCUAAAUCGCGGAGCAGUCGGUCAUUUUUCGAUUUGACUAUCAUUUGCAACCUUACACCAAUUCACUCUCCCUUCUUCACCCCUGCCAAACAUCCGAGAGUCUUCUAAUAACUAGCUAGCUUAUAGGCAGGCUCAGUUUCCAAAUAUUAUUAGAAUGGCUUCGAUAAGAGUGUCCCCAGCUGGGGCGCGGAGCUUUCUACGUUUAUUUACCCCAAUUACACAAACCCGAGCGGCUACCUCUAUAUCACCAGCCGCUGCGUCAACGUCGACUGUGCUACAAGAUGCAAUUGCAGCCGAAGCUCCCCGCAUCAAUUGGACGCGAGAUGAGAUCAGACAGAUAUACGAAACGCCCCUACACCAACUUACUCAUGCUGCUGCAACUGUUCACCGACGAUUCCAUGACCCCUCGGCUAUCCAACUAUGUACUCUAAUGAAUAUCAAAGUUGGCGGCUGCUCAGAAGAUUGUUCGUACUGCUCGCAAUCCUCUCGCUACGACACGGGCCUCAAGGCAACGAAGAUGAGCUCCGUCGAUGCUGUCCUGGAAGCAGCCCGCAUCGCGAAAGAAAACGGCAGCACCCGCUUCUGCCUCGGCGCAGCAUGGCGGGAUAUGCGUGGUCGUAAAAGCAGUCUACGGAACGUGAAGCAAAUGAUCUCCGGCGUGAGAAAGCUGGAUAUGGAAGUCUGCGUGACUCUUGGGAUGAUCGAUGGGGAGCAGGCAAAGGAGCUCAAGGAAGCCGGCUUGACCGCUUACAAUCACAACGUCGACACCUCGCGGGAAUUCUACCCAUCCAUUAUUAGCACGCGGACAUACGACGAGCGCCUCCAGACUCUGAGCCACGUACGCGAUGCCGGAAUCAACGUUUGCUCUGGCGGGAUCCUAGGGCUGGGCGAGGAGGACUCCGAUCGCGUUGGCCUGCUACAUACCGCUGCAACCCUCCCUGCGCACCCAGAGUCGUUCCCCGUUAACGCCCUCGUGCCCAUCAAGGGAACCCCACUGGGGGACAGGAAGCCUAUCGAGUUUGACAAGUUGCUUCGCACUGUGGCGACGGCGCGGAUCAUCCUUCCCAAAACCACCGUGCGACUCUCCGCGGGCCGCAUCAACAUGACUGAAGAGCAGCAGGUUGCGUGCUUCAUGGCCGGGGCCAAUUCGGUAUUUACUGGGGAGAAAAUGCUUACCACUGACUGCAGUGGCUGGGAGGAGGAUAAGAAGAUGUUUGAGAAGUGGGGAUUCUAUCCCAUGGAAGGGUUUCAGCGGGGGGAGUUCAGGGGCGAUACUACCACGCCGAGUUAAAAGCAGUUUUUUAAGUAGAAGAUUUUUCUUUUUUGUAGUUAGUUGCCUUAUAUCACUAGACACAUCUAUAUUUCAAAGCAAACGGUAUAUAUCUACCUAGAAUCUAAAACUUUUUUUUUCCUAUGCUAUUUACAGAAGAGCAGUACGAACCGAUUUUUCUAGCAUGGUCAGCUCAUCUGGAUCUGAAGUCAGAUCACACAUCAAAUACAAGACAUUUCCCAGCACUCUACAGUGAAUGUUAAAACCGU